UUGAAGCCCGUAGCUGUCGAUUACUAGGCACAGGUGGCAGAAGUCCAAAUUAUAUAUCGUCCGAUGAUAUGUUUUGACGCUCAUCUAUUUCGACGCCAUUUUGGUUUUGUUAUCGUAAUGCUAUAAGCGACAUUCCGCUGACAUCAUACUUCUCACUGAACUGCAAGUAGCAUUUUACUACGCUCAUUUAAAUAAUGUUGAAAGUAAGAGAUUGUAAGAGUACCAAGACCAAAUACAGGUGUUAUUCACCAACAUCUAUGACCAUGGCAAUACAAAAGAUUAAAGAGACUGGGGCACCAAUUAAGACAACGGCCAGGGAAUUUAACCUUCCAGAGGCAUCUCUAAGGCACAAGCUUAGUGGUCGGGUGAACCCAGAAGCCACAAAAUCAGGACCAUCUCCCAUGUUCACCCAAGAUGAAGAGGUUAAUUUUGUAGAACACUUGAAAUUCUUGGCCUUGUGUGGAUAUGGAUACAGUCGUUCUGAAGUGGUAGACAUGGCCUCUGAAUAUGCAGCUUGUCUGAACAAAAGGGACCGUGAUCAUCCAUUGUCUUUUCAUUGGUACACCAACUUUAUGUCACGGUGGCCGGAGCUUAAGAUUAUAAAACCUUGUGGCUUACAGAAUCAGAGGGCAAAGGCAACCACUGUAGAAUGUGUCUCUAGUUACUACAAAGAGUUAAGAUCCAUUCUUGUUAAGUACAACUUGACAGAUAAACCUGAGAGAAUCUACAAUGUUGACGAGAAAGGUCUGUCAACAUCUCAUAAUCCUCCUGCAGUAGUGACUGGAGUGGCAUUGAAACCAGUAGCUGUAACAUCAGAAUCAAUGCAAACUGUGACAAUGAUCGGUUGUGGAAAUGCCCUUGGGAAUAGUGUACCGCCAUUUUUUGUAUUUCCUGGAUCACGCAUGAGGCAGGAACUUCUUCAGGGUGGUUGUCCAGGAGCUAAUGGUGAUGUCACAAAAUCUGGCUUGAGCAACAGUGUUGUGUUUCGGAAGUACCUUUCAGAUCACUUGCUCAAGUAUCUACCUGAAUGCUCCACAGACAAUCCAAUUUUAAUUCUGUAUGAUGGACAUAUAUCACACAUUAAUAUUAGUUUGAUCAACUGGGCAAAGUCUAAGAAUCUCAUUUUAUUCAUACUUCCUGCACAUACAAGCCAUGUCUUACAACCAUUGGACAUUGGUUGCUUUGGUCCCUUCGAACGCAUUUACAACAAGGUGAGCCAUAAGUUCAUGGGGGACAACUGUGGACAGAGCAUAUCAAGAUACAACAUCUGUGCACUUGGUAGUUCUGCAUACUUGAAAGCACUGUCUCCAGAAAACUUACGAUCAUCUUUCAAGAAAGCGGGCAUUUAUCCCUUCAAUCCUAAUAUUGUAGAUGCUUCAAAUUUCAAGCCAUCUGAACCACUUCAGCAAGAAGAGAUACCCACAACAGCUGUUCUAGAAGUUUCACAGUCAGUUCCCAAAUGUUCUACAGAGUUCUUUGCAUCUAAGGAGGCUUUAGUUAGUGCCAAGAAACCACCCACCAAAAAACGCCGCUGUACAGUUGUUAGUGGAAAGCCCAUCACAGAAGACAGCAUUUAAUAUUUGUGCCAUCCAGCAGCAUGACAACAACAAAACUAAGACGACAGUUUCAGCUUCAUCAGAGCCAAAGCCUAGUACCUAUGGUGUAACCAAGUCUAGCAAGCCAACAUUAAUCAGACAUGAGGACAGUGAUUCUGAGUACAUAACUGUGUAUGUAACAAGUUAACUCCAGAUGAAGUACACAAAUAUUUAUCCCUUGCAUUUGUUAAGUGGAUAGAGUGUAGCAAGUGUGGACACUGGGUGCAUCUUAUGUACUGCACUAGUGUUAGAGUUGUCAAGAGGGGUGAUAUAUUUUUUUGUCCUCAUUGUUUUGACAGGCACUAAGUAUUUUGUUUUUGAUGUGCAAAAAUAUUUUUGAUAUUUGAUAUCCUUUUGACAUAAAAAUAAAGAAUAGUUAUAUGUUGAAAUGUAUUUUAUAUGCUUUAGUUUUAUCCAAUUCAUUUAUUGUGUGCACCUCAAAAACAUAGAAUGACUGUACACUCGCCAAUACAGUGAAAUGAUCUUGAAAUAACCAGCCAAUCAAAAGGCAUCAUUUCAUAUGAGGGUAAACAAAUAUGGCUGCCUCUA